AUGCCUCCCUCUCCCUGCUUAUAUGGCCUCUCUCCCCUCCCACCUUUGAUAUACUGCUUCACUCUCCCUCCCAUUCUCCCUGCCUUUCUCCGUCUCCCGCGCCCCCCACCAUUGUGUGGGAUGCAGGAAUCUUACUGGAGACGUCAACGCCUCAGGCGAUGUCUCCCUCGCCGUCUUCAGGUAAGCCUCUCCCUUAGACGCCUCUCCUCUCCCUUUUUCCAUUCUCUCCUCCAUUCUCGUAUCCUCUCUCUUCUCCUCUCUCCCCUCUCAUCUUCUCUCCUUCUCCCCUAUCUUCUCCUCUCCCAUCUCCCCUCUCCCUUCUCUCCUCUCCCUUCUCCCCUCUCCCUUCCCCCCCCUCCCUUCUCCCCUCUCCCUUCUCCCCUCUCCCUUCUCCCCUCUCCUUCUCCCCUCUCCCUUCUCCCCUCUCCCUUCUCCCCUCUCCCUUCUCCCCUCUCCCUUCUCCCCUCUCCCUUCUCCCCUCUCCCUUCUCCCCUCUCCUUUCUCCACUCUCCCUUGGGGAUGUCAACGACACUGGCAGCGUCUCACUUACUGCCUUCCUAUAAGCUUCUCCAUCACUUUCUUGUCCAUCAUCUUCGGUCUUCUCCUCUCCCUUCUCCCCUCACUCUCUCAUGCUCCCCUCCUUUCUCCCUUCUCUCACUCACGCUCCUCUCCAUCGUCCCUUCAUCCCCUCACUCUCUCACCCUCUGCUCCCCCCUCACUCUCUCACCCUCUGCUCCCCCCUCACUCUCUCACCCUCUGCUCCCCCCUCACUCUCUCACCCUCUACUCCCCCCUCACUCUCUUACCCUUUGCUCCCCCCUCACUCUCUCACCCUCUGCUCCCCCCUCACUCUCUCACCCUCUGCUCCCCCCUCACUCUCCCAUCGUCUGCUCCCCCCUCACUCUCUCCCCCUCUGCUCCCUUCCCUGCUCAUUCUCACCUUCUCUCUUCUCAACUCACUCUCUCAACCUUCCUUACCUCUCCCCUAA